CGUUACCUUUCGUCAGUGACACUGUAGAGAUCUUGUUGGAGAUCAGGUUUUAUACCCGAUGUGGAAGCGGCUCUCUGACGGGAUUGUUACACAAGUGGGGUGUUUACUUAUUUAUCGAGCGUUGCUGUUGCGUAAUUGAUAAACGGGGGGAUAGAAACGCGAAAAUAGUUACGCCGACGGUGCCGAAAAUAUUUGGUUAGGGCGACACCUGGUCACGACGAAGAAGUUUGGACUACGCGGUGGACUCAACGCACAAUAUUGUUCUUAUAAACAACGUUUCUGGUGCUAUGUACCACUUGUAGUAGCAGUUUUUGCCGAAGGUUUGACCAAACUUGCCGCACGUUUUUCCCGGCCCCUGCAGUUUCCCUGGUGCUCGGGUCGCGGGUCGUGUAACGGGCCCAUUAUCCACAUUUAAUAAUUGUAUUUUACGAGCGGAGUGUUUGCACAUGGUGGCGUUGUCAAGAUGUAAUUACCCACUUAAGCUGUCAAGUCGAGAUCGGACAUUAAUGUACUUCGUAUAUUAUCAAGAGAUGUGUCAGAGAGGCGACCCACCUCACAAGCUAUUCUAGUGCAAGGAUUCUCGUAGUUGUAAAAAAAAACCCAGCGUUCUUUGAGUCGGAUGUCGGCAGGGGUAGAGCGCACCUUUGCAUCACCAGUGACCGUAUGUUGUCCGGGCGCGGCUAUUGGCGCAGCAAACACACAUCGCUGAAUGAGGGGACGUCUACUUUUGAUACCCGCCAGUGGCUUUGAUAGGAGCGAGGUCGCCAGGCGUGUCCAACAGCGCUCUAAACGAGACCACAACACGUUGAGCUCAGGAGGACACACAGGAUACACACAGUUUAGAACAGUACUUCUGGAUGGUCUGUUCGCAGUGGCUAUAGGAGAGAAGUCCGAGAAGUGGCGGCCUGACCGGGAGGAAACGAGUUGAUCGGACAACAGCGAGCCGUCACGAUAGGGUCUGAAUGGGCCCGGCAGAACCGUGGGCUAAUGGUGUUGACUCAGGUCGGAGGGUUUUGUGCGGGAGGAUGGGCGCAUUGAGAAAAAUAAGGCAGAAAACAAACAAGAGGUGAGCUGAGGUGGCCAGGACGACGUUGGGUCACAGGUGAACCGCCGGACGUCCGUUUUCCCGCGUAAAACUGAGGAGAGAUAACAACAAAAAAACUAUCGUCUGCAGCCCGCAUAGGCCCGAGCUAAACUCGUCCCGGGGGUACGGUACGCGCGUGUGUGCAUUGUGUGCCGGGCUGCUUUGUUCGGUGGAUCUGAACCUGACUGACUACAUCAGGCCACGUAAAUGUCAGUGCCAGCGCUAUUCAGACCGGGAACGUCCUUUGACUGAGCCGCAUACAGGAACCCUGACUGAAGCAGCCAGCCAUCUUCGCGUGUGGACCGACAAUCUGACGCUGCUAAAAAUACAUAAUAUAUCACCGGGAUCCGGAUAUCCAGACCGCUUGACGAUCGAGUCCCCGGCUCGCUGGGACGUGAACAGGACGCACAAGUGCCGCCGAGUGGUCCUCCAGGUUCGUACGCACCCCGGGCCCUGCCAAUGGCGGCCGCGGCGAGGGGAACCCGCCGUCACCCGUGACAACUUCACCGCGGAUAUCGACCGGCUGGCUGGAGAGGCUGUGUGCGAGAGGAGAGUGGACCGGAGUAACCCCGCCCGUCUCCCCGGGUAACGGGAGUCCCCCGUCCGCUGAUUUUCCCGACUCCGAUGCGCCAGGACGUCCCACGGGAGCGGAGGACAUCAGCAUGGAGGACGGAGGCGGCCAGGCGCUAGUCCGGGAGGCGUCAGGAGCCGACUACUCGCAGUUCUCCCGCCAGCGCAGGCCGGGAGGGGAGGACAUAGACGAGAUCGUGCAGAUCGUGCGGCAGCAGGAGGACGUCGGCUGCGACAGGGACGCCGAGCUCUCCUUGAAGAAGUUCGCGCCCUUGCCGGGGAUACGGAGACAGGACGGCCUCAAGGAAGACGUCAAGGAAGACGAAGACGACCCAGUCGCGGCCGACUCGAGACAGUAUUACGAGAGCGAAGACGUCUUGUCGAGCAUGACGGCGGCGGAGUGCGACAGUCCCCUGCCGUCGCCGAGAGACUUGCGCGGCCACGCCUCGGAUAACAACCUGUACGGGAAGAUGGAGAGACUCUCCUUGAAGAGAGACAACAACAACGCGGCCUCUAGAGACGCGAGAAGCGUCGCCGUGGAUUUCGACUCGGACUUGCUGACCGUCUCGACGGGGUUCGAGUCGGCGCUGUCCCGACAGAGGCGCAGAACUAGAUCGGACCCGUGUCGGAAACCCCGGUUUAAGGGCAUGCGCCUGCCGCCCAUCGCCAUCAUACACAUGCCGGACCGUCCGGCCGCGCCCGAGCCCACGCACACGCCGCCGCUGGACGACUGUGUGUUCGAUAGCAACGACGAGGAACCCAUAGACCAUAUAGAUCCGGGGCAUUAGGGCAAAGGUCAAGGUCAGGACUUAAGGGCAGAGGUCAACAAUCCGGGAUAGAAGUCAAGGGCAAAGGUCAAGCUCAGGACUAAAGGGCAGAGUUCAACACUCCGGGAUUGAAGUCAAGAUUAGGACUUUGGGGCAACGGUCAAGAUCAGGACUUUGGGGCAGAGGUCAAGGUUGAAUACAUGUCAAGGUAACAAUAGAAUGUCAAGUUCAAACGUCAAUGGAUAGUUCGGGGGUCAAGUUCGACAGGAAAUGAAAUGACGGUCUUUUGUUUAUCAUUAA